AUGUCGCCCACAGGCAUGAGGCAGGUAUUGGGCAGGGCUGGCCCAAAGCAUCUCGGCCAGGCGAUGGCGAGAAAGCCACCCGUUGAUCUGCUCUCUGCGGCAUCACUACGGAGGACAGCGGGAAAGAAAUCCCCUCCAGUCCCGGAAGCCUCGAAGUCGUCAAUACCUCCGGCCUCGCGGCCCGUGCGUCCGAAAAUGCUCACAUUAUCUGCGGUCGCAGUAUUUGCGUUCUCAACAUACGGCACGUAUCUGUUCGUGAGCUAUAACAAAGCCGUUGAAGCGUCUAAAUCACUGAAUGUGCCCUAUGAUUUAUCGGACCGCUAUGAUCGAUCCACGCGGACAUACGAUUCCGAAGUGGACAAAUCGGAAGUGUUGAUCAGACUUGGAAAACGGCUGAAAGAGCUCAUACAUCAUGGCAAGGGGGAAUGUGCUGGAAUUCGUUGCCAGCCGGAAAGGGGGCAGAUCCUACUCCUCGAGCACGGUCGGUCAUACUAUGGUUGGGUGAAUAAGCUACUAGACGAUCUUGCACCGGCCCACGCCAACCAACAUGGAUGCUGGUGGAAUAGGGAUAUCGGAAAGAUCGUUGAACAAAGCGGCCUUGAGAUUGUGGAAUCGAAACGAUGGCAUUUGGGAACGACGUGGAAAUAUGUUUUACGCCCAAGGCAAGGAACCGACCGUGCAAACGAAAAGAUGGAGAUAAGCAGCCUAGAUAGCGAGAAAGCUGCAGGUGGAAGCAGUUUGCUUGCUUAG